AUGAAGUUAGAAGCAAAGGCAAUUAGAUAUCUAACAAGAGAUGAUUGGCGUACUCUUGUUGCUACCGAGAUGGGUAUGAAGAAUCACGAGUUUGUACCCACCAAUAUGAUCUGUACAAUCGCCAACCUCAAGUUUGGUGGUGGCAAGAAAGCAAUCAGAAAUAUUCACAAGUUUAAGUUAUUGUAUCAUGAGAACAAGAAGUAUGAUGGUUACAAGUUGACUUAUUUAGGAUACGAUUAUCUUGCUUUGAAAGCAUUUGUUUCUAGAGAUACUGUUUCAUUUGUUGGUACUCAAAUUGGUGUUGGUAAAGAAUCUGAUAUUUAUCUUGUAGCAAAUGAUAAUAAUGAAGAGAUGGUAUUAAAGUUACAUAGAUUGGGUAGAGUAUCAUUCAAAACCAUCAAGAAUAAUCGUGACUAUUUGAAACAUCGUAAGAAUGCAUCGUGGUUGUAUUUGUCGCGUUUAGCGGCCUUGAAAGAAUUUGCCUACAUGAAGGCAUUGUAUGAAAAUGGAUUCCCAGUACCAACACCAAUCGAUGUUAAUCGUCAUUGUAUCGUUAUGUCUAGAGUUAAGGGUUACCCAUUACUUCAAGUUGUAGAAUUAAGACAUCCAUCAAAGGUAUAUGCAGAUUUAAUGAAUCUUAUUGUUAAAUUGGCAAACUAUGGUCUUAUUCAUGGUGAUUUCAACGAAUUCAAUAUUUUAAUCAACGACGAGGAACAAGUCACUUUGAUCGAUUUCCCACAAAUGGUUUCAACGUCACAUGCAAACGCCGAAUAUUACUUUGAUCGUGAUGUCAACUGUAUCCGUACAUUCUUUGAAAAGAGAUAUGGUUUCAUUGGAGAAAAGUAUCCAAAGUUUUCAGAUUAUAAACAAGCUCAAUUCGAUCUUGACAAGGUUAUCGGUGCUUCUGGAUUUACUAAAGAUCUUCAAAAGGAUAUGGAUUUGUUGAUAAAAGAUCAAGAUGGAGAUGAAGAAUUGAAUAACAACAAUAAUAGUGAUAGUGAUGAUAAUAGUGAUGAUGAUGAUGAUGAUGACGAAGAUAAUGAAGAAGAAAACCAAGAUGAACAAUCAUCAACAACAGAGGAAAAUAAUUCCAACCCAUUCCAACAAGACGAAGAAGAAAGUGAAGAAGAAGAAGAAGAAGAAGAAAGUGAAGAGGAAAGCGAAAGUGAAAGUGAAAGUGAAGAAGAAGAAGAUAUUGAAGUAAAACAAGUUAGAAAGACAAUCAAAGGAUUACCAACUCAAAAGAAUAGAAAGUUUAAAUUCUCUGAUCUUGCUGAAGAGGAAUCACCAGUCCUUUUACGUAAAGAGUUUUUGGAGGAAAUGAAGGUUUUGGAUGGUGAAGUACCAAUCGCCACCACGGACGCUCCAGUCGAAGGAGAAGAGGAAACCGAAGAAAUGAAGCUUGCAAGAGAGGAAGAACGUAAACAAUACGAAAAACGUAUGAUUCAAUCCAAGGUAAAGAGAGCUUUGGACAGACAAACCAAAGGAAAAUCAAAUGGUAGAAAUGCCAUGAAAUCAAGGGCAAAGAAGGAAAUCAAAAAACAAAUUGCUUCUGGCUUUUAA